AUGGCGUCCAAAAAAGCUGUCUGUUGUCUUCCAGAUCAUACAUCGUUUAAAAGGGGAAAUAUCUCACAGAAAACGAUACGUAAGAAAKCCAAAUCAAAGGGGCACCUUGCGCACCGUUCCUCUGGAGUUCCGCCAUUUUCUGCAUGGGUUGAACCAGUUGCAUCAACCGAAACUUGUGCGAUUCAGGACGCGCUCUCCGAGGAGGUGAAGAUGAAAAAAGUUGUAAAUGACAAGGCUGAACGCUUGAAAGACUUCCAAUCUCAAGUCCAGAGUAGAGUUAGAAUCCUAGAGAGGAUGAAGCGACAAGAACAACUUGGGAAAAGCGCUGAAGCUGUAGAAAUAGUUCGAAACAUUGUUCAUCAGAGUUCUUUUCCUCGCGUCGUUCCUUCGAGGAAAACAUCAGAUUUAUCAAAACAAGACACUUGUAGCUUUCGACACGGCAAGGAUCAACCUAUAAUGAGACCAAUAACUCGUGGUAUUCUUGCACAUAGUCACGAAGCAGUAGACAAAGCUAGUCAACUACUGGAAGAGCAUGCAAAAGAAAUUCGUCAAUCCAACAAAUAUGCUAGGUCUGCACUAAAAUCGAGAGCCCUUGGUGAAGAAGGGAACGAAAAUCGUGAUGAUGACCUUCCAGGAGGACGAUGGAAUCCGUGUUAUCAAUCUGAAAAUGCUAGAACCUCAUUUCAUUCAGAAAAUGAGAAAGAAGAUGUCUCAGCAAGUCAUCAAAUGGAAAUGGAAAAAGUGGAUGAAGGGGAUUACUGGAUGGGACCUCAUGAAAUAAAAGAAAUGAGUUUAACUGAACCAGAAACGAGUGAGACUUGUGGAACUGAGCAGGCAGGWAUCCCACAAUGGCUGGCAAAAGAAAACCAAAGUAAAGUUACUAUUUUUGAUCCUAACAUGAUUAGUGGAAAYAAACACUCCAAGAAAGUUACUUUUGCAGACCAUAAUGUUGAAYAYGRGAARAAAAGAACUGAAGGAAACAGAGUAAACAUCCAAGGCAGUGGUAAAUACCUCCAUAAAAAAGCAAUAGAGGAUCUCCUAAAGCCUGGAAAGGUGGCAGAGGAUUUUAGACAGCAGCAAAGAAGCCAAAUGGCUUUAUACAGAAAACUUUUCAUGGAUAUUGAACGGGAACAAGUAAGAGAAAACAUCAGGAUGAAAGAGCACAGAAAACGAAUGGCAGAGAUAAAAGUUGAGAAGGAAAUAUGUCGUCUAGAAAUUGAACACAAGCAUAAACAAAUAUUGGAAUUAGAGGAGCAACAUGCUCAAGACCUCAAACAAGAACAACAACAAAGAGAAGMAGAAGAAAGCAAAGAACAUAACAAGAUUUUAGAACAAAGACUUGCAAGAUUGCAAAAGAGCAAGGAGUCUGAACGGUUUGUUGAGGCAAUGAAAGCCGUUUUGAAAGAGAAAAUUAAGUUAAAGGGAAUCAGGAUUCAGGCAUUGUGUGCUUGUGGRCCAUCACUGUGGGACACUAAUCCUGAAACGUGUGCAAAUAAUUGCAUCUACUAUAAAAACCCAAAGGAGUAUGCRAAAGCACUGUCUUCUCUUUUGAGUUCUUUAGAUUAAUAAACAGAUUAGAGAAAUGUUCCAUCCAAAACACUUGUGAUCAUGUGUUAUUCCAGUAUUUAGAAAGUACAUAUUACAUACAUGAUCAAAUACUUUCUCCUUUGUUUUUGCUACCAAUACACCAUCAAUAAGAACAAAGGUUAUGUGAUUUUUUUGAAAUUUAUUAAUUGUGUGGAGGUGAUUACAUGUAAUACAAAGUACAUGUACAAGUUGAUGUCUAAAUACUGCACCAUUGUACAAAAA